AUGCGCCACCCCCAUUUGAAGUACUCGGGGAGCGUAAUGCGCGUAUUCUACUGCGCUUACAUGGUCUCUGUCGCGCUGCUGAUGGUGCCUAUCCAUGCUGUCACCUUCCUGUCCAAGCGUAACCGACCACGCCCUACAUGGAGUAUUAUGCAAGCCAUAUCUGUCAAGUUUCUACAGAGGAUGCACAGAAUGACUGAGCUUUCAAACCUCUCUUUCCAUGUGAAGGACCCUUUCUCAUUUGGCAGGCAUGGCAAACACACCUACUUCAAAUUCGUACCAACAUUGCCCAUCGAGAAGCAGAUAGGAGUGCUCGAUGUAGAUGGCCAGGAUACCCAUUCCAAAGUGGGUACAUACAUUUGGCCGCGUCAUCGCCACGAUAAGACAUAUGACGACCGUGAGGAUGAGCGCGAUCGGGAUCGCAAUGGCGCUGAGAUGGAAUCUGCCACUCUCCCUCUAGUGGGUAUUGCUAUACACGGGGGUGCUUAUGUGCACAUGUCCGCCGACGAGAACUGUUCAACGUCCAUCAUCCCGAAGCGGCUAAUGGAGGCAGGGUCUUUUCUCGAGAUACACUCUGUGGAAUAUCGACUUAUCCAUCACAGUGCAUUUCCCGGUGCGCUGCUCGAUGUUGCCAGUGUUUUUGACAAUCUCAUCAACCAACGCAAAGUGCCUCCUUCGCGGAUAGUGAUUAUUGGUGAUUCCGCCGGUGGAAAUCUUGCGUUGGCAUUGGGGAGAUUUAUACGCGAUGAGAGAUUGCAUGAUACACCAGCCGGCCUACUACUGCUAUCGCCAUGGUGUGAUCCUUCUUUCAGCUACCCAUUCGAUCCAGUUGCUAAGAGGAAGCGUCCGAAUGCAGGGGCUGACUAUCUCAUGGACACGCCAAUGCCGCGCGCUAUCAUAAUUGAGUCCUUCAUCGGAUGUACGGCCGGAAACGGGCAAGGCUGCCCCACUUGCACACAACAACAAUCUCAUACAUUCAUCAACAAAUCUCUGUUCAAGCAGCGAGGAGACGACAAGCGAAGGAAGAGCCUCAGGCACAGUAUUCUGCCGCAGCACAUAUCCGUACACUCACCGUACAUCAGUCCAUCGUCACAGCACCUCAAGGAUGAGGAGGACCUCUUCGACAAGUUCCCGCCCGCUUUUGUCUCUUACGGUACUGCCGAGCGGCUGGAAGAUGAGAUAAAGGUCCUAGUGGAGCGCAUGGAACGCAAUAAAGUAGAUCUCACUACUAAUGUCGCCACAGAUGGUGUACACGAUCUUCUCAUCUUGGGCUACUGGAAUGAAAGUCAGAGGAGUGAGAUAUGGGAGGAUAUAUUCAAAUGGUGUGAUGGAUUGGUGCAUAAAUGA